AUGAACGAGAUCGAGAACGCGAAAUUCGUCGACGGCGACGACUGCUCGGUAUGUCGCAGCAACAUCUACGAAGACGUCAAAGCCCCACACCGAGACUACCUGUUGCGAGUUGUUCUUUGCGGAACCUGCUGUAUCAAGUUACUUCGACGGAAGGAAGACAUCGCGACGCUGCACACGCAGUUGCACCGCAAGACCUUCCACUGCUGCUUGUACGGACGAAGACCCUCCGACGACCCUGCGGCACCUCCGUUACCGGACGACGUUUUCUUCGUGCCCGAGGUGCUCAAGCAGUCGGCAGAGCUGUGGCUCGCAGAGGUGGACGCCAUCGGUCAUAACGAAGACGCGACUGCGGCACACGUGGCUCAUGUAGCGCGGCGCCAGCUCUACAAGGAGCAGGUUAGGCUCGAGGCGGAGCAACUCCUCGCAAAUGACGACAGGAUAGCUGAUGAGAUCGAGGAGAGACUUCUCGCCCUCGGCUUCGACAGUUCCGACAUCGAUGGUUGGCGAAGUGUCGACUGGUGCCGCGCCUGCUUCUCGCGUGACUACGCCGACGACCUCGAGCGAUGGCGACAUACUUACGGCACGGCAUCUGUUGAGGUCGCCCGGAGCGACGGCUUACAAGGUGUCACCGAUGCGGAUAUGAUCGUCGAGCGGGAAAUGGGAGAGGAGAUGGACCUCAAGCGGAUGCUCGCCGCAUGGCACGUCGGAUGCUUACCCGCGCGCGGCAGCCUCGAUCAACCAUCGCCCUACACAGCAGAGUUGCUGACUGAAGAAGAGUGGGUCGCUGGAAAGACGCCGCUUAUCGAGUACGCCGAGCGGCGGCGGCAGCAGCGCCUUCGAUCAGAAGCGCUGGGUGCGUUUCAGGAUCGUCAAGAAGCACUCAGACCUCUCUACAACCGACUCCGACCAGUAGUGACGCCGCGAACACAAGGCGUCUUCGUUCAGUUUGGCCAAUUCGUCGACCUUCCAAGCGUCAAGCCGCUAUGGAGGCGCGGUGCCGUCCCUGAGGAUGCGGAGACAUGGACACGACUUGAGGCAGUCAUUACCAGCGACAUUCUGCAUCGCAUUCACCUCGACAAGGUCCUCCUCUUCGACCGCAUCGCCCGCUCCCUCCUCGGUGACGGCUAUCGCAUCGGCGGCUUCGCUCAGUUUGUCCUCGAGCGCGAGCCUUCGCCCUUCGUCGACUUCGACCCGUCGAAAGGGCUCGCUCCGUACUUCGCCGCCUUGAGUGACGGAGACAUGAAACCGAUCUUCGACCGCCUCGCCGCGCUCUUCCGCUGCGGCGUCUGCUCUAAAAAGCUGUCGUACCCGGCGAUUGCGGUUCACAUCGACACGAAGCACGGCCCGUACGGUCUUCUGAGCAGCGCGUGUCCGCCGAGCGACUCGUUCCGGACUGCGCUCAAGCGCUCGCUCGGUGACAUAGGUGCUCCGUUUGACAUCUCGGCCGUCGACUUCAAGGCGCAAUACGGCCCGCAGCGCUUCGACACGUACCUGAGGACGAGGGACGGCGGCACGAGGAAAAGCGAGUUCGAGAGCUGGGCGACAGUUACGGCCGGCAGCACGGUGAGCGAGCAACGUGACCUCAACGACGGUUUCAGGCGGGACUCGAGGGACCGGGACAUCGUGAAGAUCAAGCCCUCCCGCUUUCCCAAUGUCGUGCGGUGUUCCCAGGCGACUUCAGUUACUACUUUCGGUCUGGUCUGUAACGAGGAUAGUAUGAGCCCGUCGUCGUCGUUGCGGAACUCUCUGUUCGCUUCCUCUGCGUUGCUCCUCUGCUCAUCUCGAAGUCUUCCUCCUUCUACGCCACUAUUCGCUCAAGCAGAGGCUCCUCGCGACAGGUUCAGCUUGUUAGCUCGCGGGGAAUCGCCUCAACAACUCCUCCCGCCAUCCUUGCACCGCCUCUCUCACUCCUCCCGCUCGCUCUCCCGCUCGCAACUCGACGAAAUGGGUGGACUGACAGACAAACUGGGCAUCAGCUCGCUCACCUCGUUCGCCUCGAGCAAGUUCGGCAAAGCAUCCUCACCAUCGUUCAGCAGCGUCGGUAUCGAGGGAAAGGAAGGCGGAGAGGUUGUCGAGGGCGCUGGAGCUUCGCAGCCGGCGGGAGGACGGCUGAGAGAGGUGGGUGCGACGGCGCCAAGCUGGUUGGAUGACGAGGACGGCAACUCGCUCCUCGGCACCAUCCUCCGCAUCCUCGAAGUCUUCCUCCCCUUCGUCAAUCUCAUCAUCUUUAUCGCACAAGCGUCGUUCCAGGCGAAAUGGAAUGUUGGCAUCAGCGGGCGAGUCGGCUUGUCGCUCUUCGUCUGCAUCGAGGCGCUGGUACACGGUGGACUCGUUCUCUCGGCGUUCACGCUCGCCGACCGCUUCCAUUUCCUCCGCGGCCUUGAGCGCGGCCUGAAGCAAGUCCGCAUUGCCGUCAUCCUCAACGCCUUCCAGACGGGCGUGAUGCUCAUCCUCGCCCUCGUCACAUCCAUCUCGGCCAACGUUGGCGGUUGCAAAGACGCCUCGAAGGACCCGCACCAUGACCUCAAAGGCUACACCGACGCCCUCCCCGGUUUCUGCCGCGACAAACGCGCGAGCGCGGCCUUCUUCUGGCUCAACUUUGUCGCGUGGGCGAUCACGCUCGGCUUGUGCCUCCUCACUUUCGCCCGCAUUCGCCGCAACCCCCGCACAGGCGGAUUCGUCCCUCCCGGCAGUCAUUUCCCGCAAGAUGACGAAGAGGCAUGGAACCGACCUUCGUACGAGGCGGGUUACGGACCGAGCGAAGGAGCGGGAGGAGAGCAGGGGUACAGGCCCAGUCACGAGUACUCGGCGCAGGGAGAGAGGUUGUUCGAUGAGCCGAGGGGCUACGCAACGACGGGCAUCCGCGAUCCGUUCGAGGACCCCGGGUAUGACUCGAGUGCUGGGCAGGGGAGGUACGGCCGCGUGGACGACCCUUACGAGGCCAUCCGGAAUUCGAUGGACGUCCACCGCAAGUAG